GACUCACGAAUGAGGAAAACUGAGCACAAAAUUCGAAUGCUGAAGUAUGUCAACACCGCCACCCAGCACUACAUCGUGUGGUGAAGCUUUUGUUGAUCUUUGAGUUGUGAAAAGUGCGUUCAUUGUUAGUGAUCAUUAAUGGACAGUGUCUGAUUAGUAUCUGAAGGUUGAAUCUAGAAACUUCAUGAGCAUUCAACAUGUAUGUUUUGGAAGCAGAAUCAAAUUUUGCAGAUAUUCCAUAUGAAGUAGAAAAAAAGUUGGAAAGUGCCCUAAAAGAAGAUGACAAUUGGAAAGCUGCUGCAGUCGUUAUAAAAGACUGGUUUGCUGAAGAGACAGUAUUGAGCUCUGUUGACAUCCGUGAAAUGGAGCGAAGGGGCUCUGCAGCAAGGGAUUUAAUGAACAAAUUCAUUCAAUUGAACUUUUCAAUAGAAGAUGUUCAAUUCGUCCUUACAAAAAGUGGGCUCACAAACAUUGUAAAUCUUCUCAUAACAAAUGUUCGAGUGUCUGGCUCCUGAUAAGCAAUGAAAUCUGUUAAAUAGUGAAGAAAAAUAUCUUGUAUCAUGGGCUAUAUAUUACCCUAUUACACUGGAACCCUAUGCUUCAGCACAGAAGAAAGGGAAAUUGACAAGAAAUGUAUGUGAAAAAGGACCAAGAAUAUUUGAAACCAAUUGUGAAAAAAUUCGACUUUUGAUCUGGUAGAUUUUAGCUGCCAUAUGUUUAUAGAGACAUUGUGAAGUGUUGUAGCCAAGAGCCUAAGAUACCAUGUGAAGGUCUAGGAAAACUGACAGUUGAAUUGGCCUUGGCAAAAGAAAGUUAAAUUUUUUUUAAAUUUCGUGUCUUAGAUGAGUUAAAGUAGACUGUGCAGUAGUAUGGUACAUGUUUUUUUUAAAUUACUCGUAGGGAAUGCUAUAUGCACCCAAACUGAUGAUAUACUCAGAGGAGAAGCUGGUAGAAGAAUUAAAAGAUCAAGGUGUGAUAAGAAUUGAAAGACUGAAGAAGAUAAGUGGAGCCUUAGUUCCACUUCCAAAUUUAAUUGUUACAUACAUUCAGUUCUACUUGAUUGCCUAAUAUAGUGUUGUCCAAACUGGGGUCCGCGUACCCUUGGGGGUACGCAACAUAGAUCAAGAGGGUACUUGAACAAACAAGGAACACACACACACAACAGAAACAUCCCAUCAGUGAACAUCAGCCUCACAUCUCACACUAAGUUGUGUAAGUAAUUUUCAAGCAUUUUAUUAUUAAAUCAUCAUUUUUAUUUGUGUAAUGAAUUUGAAUUUAUUGACCAACACUCUUAUAAUGCAGUCUUCUCAUAAAUGAUAUACUAUUUGCAUGAUUAUCCUAAAUAAAACUGAGUUUUGUCAGCCAUGGUGAGCAAAGGGGGUGGGGUGGGUUAUGUAACAGUAGGAGAAGGUAAUAAAGGGUACAAUAGGCGAAUGUUUGGACAACACUGGCCUAAUACAUAUAAUAAAAGGAGCUUGGGUACAUUUUAAGAUCAACCAACACGUACGUACAUAUAUCUCAAGGCCAAGGAGAUGUUUUCAUUGUCAAGAAUUUGGACAUAUGUUAGGGUCUCGUAGGCUUAAGCUACAGGGCAAGCCUGCCACAUGUUAAUUGUAAUGAACCAGAGCAUGGUGUAUGUAAUAAAGAAACAAGAUAUGUAUAUAUUGUGGAAACAGUCCUCCAUCAUUUUCAUCACUUAAGGGGCUCGCUGACACCAUAUGGCCCCAUUACAAAGUGUGACCCGAUGCCAUAUGGCCCCAUUAUAAAGUGUGACCUGAUGCCAUAUGGCCCCAUUGUGAAGUGUGUAAGUGCUUCAUUCUGCCUUAUGAUUGAAGGAAUUUGCUUUAGAUUUGUACCACUGAUUAGAUAAGUAAUACCACAAAAAUACAGGUGGGGAAAUAAAAAUAUUUGACCUCUUAAGUUUAUAAAUUGUGCAGUGGAAAAAAACAUAUUGAAACUUUUUGAAAAUAUGGCCAAAAAAAACAUUUUCCAUACCUGUAAUUAUUGAUAUAGACCCCUGUUAACGGUGGGGAUUCCAUUUCCUGCCGAGCACUGCUAACUGAAAAUAGGGGAUAAUAACGCUAAUACGUAAUCUGCUUAACGGUGCUGUUAACCGUUAAGUAGAAAUUAGAGCUGCUGACUGUUGAUCACCUUCAGAAAUCCAGUUGAUGGCAUUGCUAGACAAGCACUGUAAAACUGGAUUGCCAAUAACCAAUUCUGCCAGUAAGAGGGAACUGCGUGUCCACAGUUAUCAGCAAUCUGGUUGUAUGAUGCCUGUCUAGCGCCAAAAAUUGAAGUGCACUGAUUUCCGGUUAUCAGCGCCGAUACACAUGAUACAUACCUAUCAGAGACGCCAUUAAUUGGUUGUCGGCACUGAAAAUCACCAAUUUUUGUCAUCAGCGAUUUUCGCUUUUCAUCCAGCGCCUGUACUACAAGCUGUAAAAGUUUUAAUUGAGUUUGGUUGAGUCAUCUUGGAGAGUGAAGCAUUUACUAUUUUUAAAAAAAGUAUUUUGUUCAUGAGACUUACUUGGCAGAUAUAUAUAUGUAAGUGUUUACAUAAUAAAAAUAUGGAAUGUUAGUCCAUAUAUAUAUAUAAAAGUCUAAAACUAAAGAGGUCAACCAGAUUGCUUGCAGGAAUGUGAUCAGACUAGAGACGCUAAAGAUGACGUAUACAAUAAGUAUGUAAGCUAAGAUAACAUGCCGUCACCUGUAGUCAUUCAAUUGUUUAUAAACAUUAGUCCAAGCUCCCUGCUUGAGACAACUACCCCGACCUAUUAUUCAAACGGCCUACGUGAUCUGUAGCGUGUCUCAUUCGAUUGUGUGUUCGUAUGAAACUAUGUCAUCUGAUAGUAUGUUCAUAUGUUCGAACUACUGUCUGUUCCUUCAUAACUUGUAACAGAGAUGGAAGACGGGCAGAACAGAGUUAGCUAUCGUCAUUAGAAGACCUGUACCUCUUUACCUAAGCUUUAUCAUGUAGAGGAAUAGGAUUAGCCAUCAUCAUUGGCAGAAGCGAUCAAGCUAUCGUCAUAGAAGACUUAUACGAUCAUACCUGAUCUUCAUCAUGUAAAACUUCAGAAGAAUAUACUAUUUUUAUACCUUGUGUUUUCUACAAGAACCUCACUGAACCAUGAGUUUAACACAUCGUCGUAAAGAUAAUACCGACUUCGUAAAGUGAUCUACAAAACCCCAGACACUCCAUUGAAGAUGGAAGUGCAAUACCAACCGACUUAGCGUAUAGAUUAUCGCUAGUCUAACAUUACCUCAUAGGGCGCCUUAUCAUACAAGGCACAAGCCCUAAUAUUUGGUGGCAGCGUACCAGAAGAACUCUACAACGUCCUACGAAGAAAAACCAGAAUAAUAAAUCAUGUAUCAUAAGAAGUCAACGACGACGGAAGCAGCAGAUUCUUCAAGCAACAUAGUAUCAGUGAGCAACUUCAGAAAACAACAAGAACUCUUUAACGACGACGAAAGCAAGAGAUUCUUCAAGCAACUUAGUAUCAUCAUUAGUGAAUAACUUCAAGAAACAAAACCGACGUGUCCUUUUUCCUACGACAACGCAAGCUUCGUCUCUCAUUAGAAUCAUUCAAGAAAACAUCGUUAGUGAGCGUUUCCGGCACUCCAAGAAACAAACCGAACGCGUCUGCAGCAUCGAUCUUUCAAGGGCUCGAAUCAUCGAAACAACGCGCACGGGGGAAACUGAAGCCAAACCAGGUCGUCCGCUAAAUAGAGAAGGAGGACCAGGGCCGUGUGUCGUUAUCGGAACACCGUGACUUCCCACAAAAGCAAGCUAAGUACAAUUUUUUAUUCAUUUGGAGUAACUUUGAGUGUUUCCUUUACAGGUCGAAUUUCGUUAUUCCUGUGGCUGAAGUUACGAGACAUUCUUAAUCUUACUUUUUUACAGAAAUUAUCUACAUCAUUGAGAUUUCGCUACUGCGAGUUUUUUAUCUUUGAGUGUCUGUUUCCAGAAGUUCUACUGAAUUAUCAUAAUCAUAUACUAUGUUAAUUUUAUCAUUUUGGGUGAUUAUUAAUCCCUUACGUAACAAAUCAUAUUAAACAGUGAAUAUGCGUUUACGCAGUGGACGUCUGUAUUUAUACAGAUGCGUGGAUAGGGUCGUUAAGCACCGUAGUGAUUAGAAAACACACAAAAAACAAGUGGAACACCCUUACAAAUCUAUAUAAAUUAGAGGUAACACUAUUUCGGGUCAUGACAAUAAAUGCUCCUUUGCAAAGUCCCGAUCGCAGUUUUAGCCUUGAGUUUUUUGAGUUAUAUAAAAUAUCGAACCUCAAUGACUCAACUCAACUUUAAAAAUAUGGCUGGAUUGCAAGGAAUAACAUGUCUGUAAAAAACUUUUAUCAGGCUAAAUGCGCUGACCAGGAUCCCUCACUAUUUAAAAUUUUAGCAAAGAAUGAAGUACAAACAGUUAAUAUUGAAUGCAGUAGUGAUAACUUGUCUUAUUAGUAAUCG